CCGAUACUUUGUCAACAACGGAAGGACCACGGGUCAGGUCCUAAUCGAUAUCCACUUUCGAGUCAUACCCUCGCGGUCCAGUUUCAUCAUCCGGCCAGCUUCGACUUCCCCCACGGUCUGACUUCAUCGUAUCCCUUCAUCCGACCGUCGAGCCGAUUAUACAGCCUUUUGACGUAUUGUUUGUCCCAUUCGAUCCAGCACAAUGUGCGGUAUUCUCGCCCUUAUCCUCGCGGAUACCGAUGCAUCGGACGCCGCUGCCGACUUGCACGAAAGCUUGUACUAUCUGCAACACCGUGGUCAAGAUGCCUGUGGUAUCGCGACCUGUGGCUCUGGAGGUAGAAUCUUCCAGUGCAAGGGCAACGGCAUGGCCUCCAAGGUCUUUGACGACGGCAAGCGCACGGUAGACCUUCCCGGCUACAUGGGCAUCGCCCAUCUUCGUUACCCGACUGCCGGAACGAGCUCUAGCGCCGAAAGUCAGCCUUUCUACGUCAACUCGCCCUACGGCAUCUGCUUCGCGCACAACGGCAACCUCAUCAACGCUCCCGCCCUGCGCAGCUAUCUCGACCAAGAGGCCCAUCGUCAUGUGAACACCGACUCGGACAGCGAGCUGAUGCUCAACGUCUUUGCCAACGCUCUCAACGAGACCGGCAAGGCCCGUGUCAACACCGACGACAUCUUCAGUGCCCUCAAGAAGACGUACGAGAGGUGCCAAGGUGGCUGGGCCGCCACUGCCAUGAUUGCUGGCUUCGGUAUCUUCGCCUUCCGUGACCAAUAUGGUAUCCGCCCCCUUAUUAUGGGAUCCCGUCCCUCCACCACCCUCGAAGGCGGUAUCGACUACAUGUUCGCUUCCGAGAGCAUUGCUCUCCGUCAGCUGGGCUUCGGCAACUUCCAGGAUAUCCUCCCGGGACAAGCUGUGUUCAUCCAGAAGAACGGGCAGCCUCAGUUCCACCAGGUUGUUGAGCAGAAGGCUUAUGCCCCCGAUAUCUUCGAGUAUGUUUACUUCGCCCGCCCGGAUACCAUCAUGGAUGGAAUCUCUGUGCACCGCAGCAGACAGAACAUGGGCGAGAAGCUUGCCAGCAAGAUCAAGGAGAUUCUCGGAGACGAGGGUGUCAAGGAGAUCGAUGUGGUCAUUCCUAUCCCGGAGACCAGUAAUACUGCCGCUGCCGUGGUAUCAGAGCAGCUGCGGAAACCCUUCUCUAAUGGUUUCGUCAAGAACCGUUACGUCUACCGCACCUUCAUCUUGCCCGGUCAGAAGGCCAGGCAAAAGAGCGUCCGGAGAAAGCUCAGCGCCAUGGAGUCCGAGUUCAAGGACCGUGUCGUCCUGCUCGUGGAUGACUCCAUUGUCCGUGGCACUACCAGCAGGGAGAUUGUGAGCAUGGCUCGCGAGGCCGGUGCCCGCAAGGUCAUCUUUGCCAGCUGUGCUCCUCCCAUCAUCUACCCUCACAUUUACGGUAUCGAUCUCGCUUCGCCGCAGGAGCUUAUCGCCCACGAGAAGACAAGAAGCGAUAUCGCCAAGCACAUCAAUGCCGAUGAUGUUAUUUACCAGGACCUCGCCGACCUUAAGGCGGCGUGUACCGAGGCCUCUCCCGAUCACCAGAAGAUCACCGACUUCGAAGUGGGUGUGUUCUGCGGCAACUACCAGACCGACAUUCCUGAGGGUUACUUCGACCACCUGAACGAGAGCCGUGGCACGAAGCGGAAGGCCACCGUCGUGAACGGCACCAACAAGGUCCUGGUCGCCAACAGCGGCCCGGUCAACGUAAGUCGUACACAAUCACAGAGCUCCCAGUUGAGGUUGUCACUAACAUAUUCUAAGGUUUCUUCUACCCCCGAGCCCCCCGCGCUCAGAGAGAACCCUGAGAACAGGCAGGAUAUCAGGUAUGUUUUUGCCGUCAAGUUUUACGAUGGCGCUCUCGGCUGACAGAAGCUGUAAUAGCAUCCACAACAUUGCCAACGCCUAGUAGGCGAUUGUCAUUUCACGGAAUGCGUAUGCAUCCCUGAAUGUACGGAACACUCGUAACUAAAACGACAACGGUUUGAUAUUUGCCUUGCGU